CUGUCGCGGGGCUGCGCGCGCCCUCCAUUGUCCGAUCUCUGCGCGUGCCUUGUCCUAGGCGCUCGCUCGCGGUGCGGGGUGCGCGCGCGCUCUGUGGGUGUUUGGCUGCGUUGCCCGGCAACAAGGCGGGGAUGGCGCUGCAGCUGGAGCUGAGCGAGGCCUGGAUCCGGGAGCAGGCGGCGCUGCGGGGACUUGGCCCAGAACAGGUGGAGUCCCUCUCACUGCAGGGAACAUAUGAAGGGAAAAUCCACUCCCUUGGAGAUGCCUUCAAAAAUUUUAAAAGCUUGCAAUCGUUAGAUCUGUCCAGAAAUAUGAUUGUCAGUCUAGAGGGUAUUGAAUAUUUAUAUGUGUUACAAAAUCUGAAUUUAUAUUACAAUCAUAUCUCAUCCUUGCUGGAAGUGUCACGUCUCCAAACAUUACCAGUCCUCUCAGAGCUGGAUCUGCGCCUCAACCCCGUUACCAGAAAGGAAUCAGAUUAUAGACUGUUCACUGUCUACACGCUACAAGCCCUGGAAAAACUGGAUGACAGAAUAGUUAGGGAGAGUGAAAGAAAAGCUGCCCUACUGCAUUUUGGCCUCAAGAGAAAAGAGGAGAGUUUAUUUUCUGAAAAAGAAAGCGUAAGCUGUAGGGAGAAUACAAUGAAGAACUAUGCAGUAGAUAAAGGGACUUCUUCAGUACUUAGUUUGGAUAUUGAUAGCAGCAGAAAUCAAACUGAGUCAAGCCAAAAGCAGUUAACUCAUAAGCUUCUGUUAAAAUGCGAAGCAAAGGAUUCCUCAAUAAAUGCUUCAUCUACUUCUGCAGUACAGGCCAGCAGUUCAGCUAAAGAGAAUAAACAAUGCAGCAACACACUGGGAACACAACUGGAAGAAGUGGCAGGAAAACAGUUGCUGAAUCACAGUCACCUGGAAGAUGAAUACAGAUCCCUUCCAUCACCACCACAAAUGCGUUCAUCCCUGCGCUCCCCAGACAAAAUAAGAGCCGGACUCACAAGAGGAGGAUUUCGGGUGACCUUUUCAGAAAACGAUUCCUUAGACUCCUCUCUUGAGAAAGACGUAAUAGGAAAACCUAAUAUUUAUUACCUUAACCAGGACAUUUCUUCAAGCAAGAAACUGCAUUUGAGUGACACCAACAAAACGAACCCAUACAAGCCACACAGAGAUACCAGUCUAGAUAAUUAUGACCACCUCUACCUUUCCUCCACGCCUCAGAACAAGGACUUUAAGAGACUUCAAAAAGAUAAGAGAAGUACAAAUUUCAGAGAUUACAGUGUAAGCCCUGCUAAUGAAAUGAAGACAACUUCACAGUCCGCUAGUAGUGAUCUACUGACACAGCAUACUGAGAUGGACAAUAGCACUCGAAGCCUCUUAAAACUCAGUUCAGAUCUGAACACCAAUACACACCUAACCAGUGACCCUGCUCUGUUAGCCACUCGUUUUUCUACAUUAUCUACCAGCUUCAGUGAUUUAACAUCAAGGCAUCAACCUUUAUCAGCUGAUGCGUUGCUUGAGCAUUCACAGCCAGCAACAAUGAGAAAAACAUUCCCAUCUGCAAUGCCUAGGAAAGACAGCGACUCUGCAGCUAACAGGUGCUUGAGCCCUUCUAGAAUGGGGUAUAAACAAAGUGACAGACUGCAUUCAUCACUGUCCCCUCAGCAUUGUUUUAAAGAGUCAAAUAAGGAGUCUGUCCCCAAUGAUCUGAGCAAUGACACGAGUUUCACAGAAAGUCAAAGUCCCAAAAAGACUGAGAAAGCAUCACAUAUUGCUGUCGUCCUACAGCAGCUCCUGGAGCUGGUAGAUCGUUACUGGGAUGGAGCUGGGUCCCUCCUCCUCAACAAGAAUUUUCUUGGUAAGUUAUUUCAUUUGAAUUUGAAUGAAUACAGUGCACUCAUGACAGAUUUUUCAACCGUUUUUGUUUUGUCAAAUUCCGGACUGUUGAAGCAGCAGCAAGCCAAGGGGCAGGAGGAGAGCCAGGGGUCAUCUUCCCAGUUACAGGAAGUGGACUACAGUGCUGCUUCUAAUUAUUGCUUCAGUGGGACUCACUCACUCACUUACGAUGAGUUGCUACAUAAGAACGAGCAGCUGAGUGUCCAAGUAGAGUACUUAACUCUGGAAUUAAAACAACAUAAGAAACUGCAGGAGACGGUGCAUCUUCUACAGGAGAGUCAGAGGUCUUUAGUGUCCACAAACAACUUCCUGCUGCAACAGCUGAAUAAAGAGCACAGUCCUAAUUCAGUAAAAACAACGCUUUCUUCUGAGAAAUUCACCAUUCGUGAGAGAUCGCCUCCCUUAGAAAGAACUCCUCCUGUAUCAGCUCAUGGCUAUAGUCAGUAUGGUAAUGCAGAGCAAUUAAGCAAUUCUCCUCUCUAAAGGAAACAUGGCGUCACUUCACAUAUUUAAUGUUAUAUGGAUUAUGUUCUUUUCCAUUUAAGUACAAUAUGAGAUGUCAAACUGUAUUUAAAUGUGUCUAAUGUCUACUUUUACUGAAGUGAAUUCACUGUCAUUCUAAUCUUACCUUGCAUUAGCAUCUUAAGCACCACUUGGUGUUAGCAUUCUUAUGUUUUUCUGUCUUUAUUGAUUUCCCAAAAACAUACAGAAGGCUCCUUAUAAUAAAACGGUAGUCUGCAGUCUUGCCAUCCCAAGGAGGUAUGAUCUUCGCAGAUACUACAGAGCAUACAGAGUCACGCUUCAGGAAGUAUUAGUGAUUCAGUAGUGGAUUCAAUUUCCUCUGAAAUGGUACUGAAUCAGUGUCCCGUGCUAGGUGGCUGUUUGGGUGGAGAUCCAAUGUUUGAUAUAAAGUGUAAAAUCAAGGUUAUGUCCCAUGGCAUUUUUUGCAAGAAUUUGGAGUGACCUGGUGAAAUUUUAUUUGGGAUGAUAAUCUGCAGAUAAUUAUUCCCUCUGCAAUUUCAGUUUAAUACAGAAUAAUUUCUCUCCCCCAUCCUAAAUUGUCCUGUAGUGUUGCUGUUUGCUGCUAACAGCUGUCAUGUUCUACCCUAGAGAUGGUUGCAUUUCAGCUAUGGGAUGGCGAUUCCAGUGUAUGUUCACUGAGAAAGAUUUAGUGAGUUAAGGUUGCCCGGUGGUAUCUUGUGCUCUUCCACAACAUUCAGUUCAAUACAAACUGCUGAAAACCAGGAAAUAAAGAGUUAAGGUAAUUCAGCCUUUAACGCCUGAAAGGUGGACACCAAUGCAACCUUAACUCUGCCCCCUGGAGCUGGCACUAGCCUGUAGGAGUUAUCUGCAUGCAUUCUAGCUGCAUUCACUGUGUUACGUGUAGCUGUAUUGAAUGCUGGAGGGAUUGGUUGGGGCGGUUUAGCAGAACUGUGAUUAUGAUCUGAGGUGAUUAUGGUCACCUCUGGGCGAUGAAAGCAAUGGAUAUUUGUGUACCCUGAGGGAUGCAGUUUGCCUCAUGUCAGCACUCAAUUGUGUAGCUGUGCCUGUAGCGAUACUGAGGGGGAUUGUGGGCAGUGAGGUGGGAUGUGGGAGAACGGUGUGGCUGUUGUGGGGGAGAAAUAAAAGUGCUGUGUUAGAGGAACCCUGUGUGCAAAUGUGAAAGGAGUGUAAAAUGCAGGAGAGAGGGGGAUGUUUUAUGGAGUAGGCUCAGUGUCUGAGUGUAGGGCAGGUGUAGGCAGUGCACUGAACAGGAACCUCACCUGCAUGCAAGUUUUGCCUUUGACUGUGUCCUACAGUGGGCAUAUGCCCUAUUGAAUGCACAUGCUGCACUAUCUACAAAGGUAGCAGAUGUGUAACCCUUCUGCCAGCUGGUAUUGGCAGUAACAAAGGCUGGGUUCAAUAUCUAGGGAUUCCUCUUAAUUACAAAACAAAACCCAUUUGAGCCCCAUGGCACCUCCCUCAAGGAGCCCGAAACCAUAAGCCACUGUGUUACCUCUCUGCCUCAGUAAGAGAAUUUUGCUGCAUCUUAAACCGUGCGCCAGCUCCCUGCCACACCAGCAAACUCUGAGACUCUGCCAGUCUUAACUUUGCCUUGUAAGUAACAUUCAGCGAAACCCACUUUCUCUCUGUAGUGUCCAGUCCCUCUCACUGGACAUUCACAGAAGUUAAGUCCAGUGCCUCCAAAGAGCCAGUACACACACACACUAGCUCAGUGGUUUUAAAACUGUGGGUCGUGACCCAGAACUGGGUCGCAGAUUGUAAGGCAUUGGGUCGCGGCGACUCUGGUUAGCACCACCGACCGGGCCGGUAAAAGUCCCGUCAGCGGUGCUGCCCGGCUAAGGCAGGCUACUAGUCCCUACCUCUUCUGACACUGCGCUGCGACCCGGAAGCAGCCAGCAGCAGGUCUGGCUCCUAGGUGGGGGGGCCAGAGGGCUCCACACGCUGUCCUCGCCCUGAGCACCGGCUCCGUACUCCCAUUGGCCAGGAACCGGCCAAUGGGAGCUGUGGGGAGGUGCCUGCAGGCAAGAGCCGCGCAGAGCCACUUGCACACCUCCGCCUUGGAGCCGGACCUGCUGCUGGCCACUUCCAGGGUGCAGCACGGUCCACGGUGCCAGGACAGGCAGGAAGCCUGCCUCUGCACCCCCGCUGCGCCACUGACGGGGAGCCGCCUGAGAUAAGCCCACGCCCCAACCCCGUGCCUUAAUCCCCUGCCCCAGCCCUGAGCCCCCCCAAACCUGGAGCCCCUUCCUGCACCCCAAUCCCCCCCAGCCC